UCGUAAAAAUAAACUAAAAUGCAACUUCUGAACCAAGCUGGUUUUAUAACAAAAACAGUGUCUGACUAUUCGUCGCAAACCUAAAACUAGUGCCAUUCUAUCGGUUUCUAUCACUAAAGUGCGUGCCCCACAUUUUAAAACGAGGAAAGUUGUUAUUUAGAAAGAAAAGUGUGAUGUUCAUUUUAAUUUGUUGUGAAAAUGCGUGUCGUGAAUAGUUUAUUGUUAAUAAACUUUUUCUUGUGUGUGUGCGGGGAUGAUAAUGAGAUUUCAAAUGAGAUAGAGACGAUAAAUCAUUCGUUAGAGUUGACCCAAUCCUUGAACUUGGCGCGGCAGGAGUUAAUACAAGAUACAUGUUCGCGUUUUCCUCCACGAUGGAGCCUAGAUGACUUGCCACCGAGCCGUUUGGAACACAUUUUAGUCGACGAACACCGAAAACUUCUCUAUUGCUACGUCCCAAAGGUGGCCUGUACAAAUUGGAAGAGAGUGCUCAUGAUACUGGCCGGCAAAUGGAACAACACAAAUGUCCUGUCUAUACCGGGCAGUCUAGCCCACUCUCCGGGCAUGUUCAGAAACCUCAGCUCCGUGUCAAAACAGGACAGAGAUUACAUGCUGGAGAAUUAUCACAAGAUGAUUAUAGUCCGGAACCCCUUUGAGAGGCUGCUCUCAGCUUAUAGGAAUAAGUUGGAAGGGGACACGCCUAGUGCUAAGUAUUUUCAGGAUCGCGUAGGCCGUCGCAUCAUCAGGACCUACCGCCGGAAUCCAAGCAACGAGUCCCUAGAACUCGGGAAUGACGUCACAUUCAAGGAGUUCGCUCUGUUCCUGACCAACCGAUCAGAGGAGCUUGCAGAUGUGGUCAACAAUGAGCACUGGCAACCCAUUACUAGCCUGUGCCAUCCGUGUCUCAUCAAAUAUACUUUAGUUGGUAAAUACGAUACGUUGUUAGACGACUCGCUCCUGGCCCUCCACACCAUCAACGCAGCCGAGGUGGAGUUCCCUCGCCUCGCCCGCACCUCCGGCACGGCCGACAAACUACGCAAGUACUUCUCACAGCUAGACUUGCCACUCAUUAGGAAGCUGUACAAGUUGUACAAGUACGACUAUAGAAUAUUCGACUACGAUUUGGAUAGUAUAGUCGGGUUUGAUUUAGGAUAGUGAAUUAGUUUGUGUU